CAAAAUGCGGACUUUACUACAUGCUCGUUCAUUUUGCAGGAUGUGAUUUCGGUCCCCACCUUGCCUAGCUCGCUACGAAACUCAGCGUUACAACAAAACACUGUUGAGUGUUGUGUAGAUUUCUCGCAGGGUGCCUAAAACUGUUCGGCUCCAUGCACAGCGGGUCAGGGAAUUGGGAAGUGUCCAGUGUUGCAGCGUCCAACUCGAAGAUAAGAAGUACGUGUGCGUGUGGGUAGCGUCGUCGUCAGCUAGCAAGCUCUGUUCAUCAUUGUAAUAAUUAUUAAUUUGUAUCACUCUCUGGCUCUAGCUCUAGGCCUAUUAGUGUUGUGCUUGGCUGGCUUGAGAUCCUUGGACUCAACUUGGAGUGGCUAGGUGGAGACUCACGAUGGAUGUGGUUGGAUAUUGUGUGGCACUAGCGUGCAUAUUGGUAGCCGCAAUGCCGAAUUGUUUGGACGCCACUACGGUGGACCCAGCGACUGUUGCUUUCCCACCAGUUCGUCCCAGCAGACCUUAUGGCUCUCCUCUACCGGUGGGUCAUGAAAUGCAGCUUGGCUAUCAAAGGGAGAGCGAUGGGCCAGUGACUGAAUACACAGAGGAUCUUCAUCCGCAAGACUUCUGGGACAAGCAUGUCAGCAUUAAAAAGCCAGCCGUACUACGCGGGCAUAAGAACGACGAAGCGGCCUUCAAAGUCUGGACGGACGAUUACUUGCGCACAACGUACGCAGAUCAACACGUACGUGUGGAACUCAAACAAGAGAAUCGAUCAUUUGGGGCGUGGAGAAUGACGCUACCAGCGUUCCUUGAUCGGUACAAGAAGGAGAACAUUUACGCGGUCACUGUGCUGCCAGAGGCAAUGCGGCAUGAAGUCAAGGUCCCGACGCCGCUUCUCUGUGGCACGUAUCGUAAGUACCUACAGGAGUUAAACCUAUGGAUUGGUUACACCGGCACACGGUCUGUUGUGCAUUAUGAUGCCGAUCACAACAUACACUGUCUGCUGGCCGGGCGCAAGGAUUUCAUCAUGAUCGACCGAGAGUAUGAGUACAAGCUAGGCUUUGGCCGUCGGCCUGGCUAUGUUGGAUCGGGCUUCUCCAAAAUGAACCCCGACAAGGUGGAUGUGGUCAAGUUUCCUGGUGUGUUUGAUGUACCGUGGACGCACGCAACGCUCAAUCCUGGUGACUGCAUUUUCAUUCCUGGAGGGUAUAUCCACCAGGUACGCGGCUAUGGCCGUACAAUGUCGGAAACGCUGCUCUUCACGCCUUUCGAAGAAGACUUUGAGCUGGGCAACUGCACGGCUGAUGAUCUGAAGUACACAACGCUGAAGGACGUGGAGAUCUACUGGACUUACUUGGGUGGUGACAGUGAUAUUGAGAUGGGUUAUAUGAACCCGUUGCUACUGCGCAAUCUUAUGAUCCAAUCACUAACGGAACAGCAGAAGAAAUCAAUGUCUCUCAAGACAUUUAUCUCCUUCUUCUUUGAAACCACCAGUGGACAGGCACAAGGCGAUCCAGUACAGAUCUAUAAAACGUACGUUGACGUGAACGGCACUGGAGCUGUAACCGCUGACGACUUUGCUGCCCUGUCGCUGGCCAAUUUGAAGGAGAUAGCACGUGGUAUGGACGCAUCUGCAGUGUCUCGCAAGCUCGCUGAGCUAAAGGACACAAGGCCCGACGCCAAGACAGAAUUAUGAUGGCUUGACAUAGCAAAAUGAAAUGGUCAGAGCAGCCCCGCUCCUUCCCAGUUGGACAUAGCAGCGGUUCUUUUACAGCCAUGACGGGAUUUUAACAUAUCUUCAGGUGCGGUGGUUUGUGCUGAAUCUGUCACGGUAUCCUUGACAUGUUGUUGAUUCUGUGCUGUAGUUUCAAUGAUAGCCCGGCUGUUAUUGGCUGGGUGCGUAGGCAUAUUUACACUGUUCUGUACCAGACAACUAUCAAAGGAGAUUUAAAAUAACUUUACGGCCUGCUCUCAGAUUGCAUGCGUAUCCUGAGCAUGCGCAAUGGAAUCACUGCCUAACGGAGUCUAUUCCUUGUGACGAAUAAGAUGUCUAUCUCUGCUUUAUAUGCAAACUGACCAACUAUGCCCAUUGGUCUAUCAAAUCAACUGCUGGCUAACACAGCCUGAUCCUGACUUAGCCUUCCUGUUUUUGGAUGUACAUGUUUGGGAGGUAUCUCAUCAUUUUCUUUAUCAAAGUUUAAUAAUAUUAUUGUAUUGUUGAGCCGAUGCGCCCUGCAAUGGAAUAUGUAUUGGUUACCGCUAUCAAGUUUUCUGUCGGUGA